AAGUGAGAACACUGGUGUCCAGGACGCCAUUGAUAACGACCGAAGCAGUGUUAGUGAAAUUCCUGAGGAAGAAGAGGAGGAGCCCGGCGAAAAUGUGCAGAGUGCGGAAUGGAAGAAUAAAGAUAUGCACAUAUUUAUAUUUAGCGAUGCAGGGAAGCCCAUAUAUUCCAGAUAUGGCAAGGAAGACAAACUUGUGACCAUUAUGGGAGUGAUGCAGGCCCUAGUUUCGUUUAUUCAGGAUAGCAAAGACAAUAUGCGAUGUAUCAUCGCAGGUGACCAUCAAUUCGUCUUUCUAGUUCGCGAACACAUAAUCCUGGUUUGCGUCUCGAAAACAACAGAAUCGACAACCCAGAUUAUGCUGCGACUAACUUAUGUAUAUAAUCAGAUAAUUAGUGUCUUAACAUAUAGUCAACUCUCUAGGAUAUUCAAAACAAGGAGGAAUUACGAUUUACGGCGCCUCUUAUCGGGGACGGAGAAAUUCAUAGAUAAUUUGUUGAACUUGAUGGAUCACGAUCCGAGUUUCUUACUUGGUGCUGUCCGUUGUCUGCCACUGCCAAACUCUAUACGAGAAACUAUUGCGCAGACUGUAACAAUGCAUGCAAAAGUUAAGGAUUUAGUGUUUGCCAUUCUCCUAGCAAAUAAUCAACUGGUAACCCUGGUGCGAAUGAAGAAGUAUUUCCUUCAUCCAAUAGACCUGCAUCUUAUUAUCAACCUGGUCAAUGCAUCAGAGUCGUUCAAGGCGGCAGAGUCGUGGACGCCCAUAUGUCUACCCAAGUUUGAUACCAGUGGUUACCUUCACGGGCAUGUCUCGUAUCUAGAUGAUGAGUGUAACUCUUGCCUCCUCCUCCUGACUGUAGAUCGUGAUACAUUCUUUAAACUGUCAGACUGUAGGAAUAGGAUACUAGAUAGGUUAAAACGACACAAUUGCCUACAAGCAAUCAACGAGUCUUUGAAAAGGAAAGGUUACAGCACUACGCAAGUUGGCAUCCCCGACCUUCGGCACUUUAUGUACAAGUCGCGAAGCACCGCACAGUUCACCAGUCCAGAUUUCGAAGCGCCGUACAUUUCAGAUGAGGAGCAGACGCGGUUGUACGGCCUGUAUCAGUACCUCCAUCACAGGAUACACUGCACUGCGAGGCCUCUGAAGAUACUAUUCCAUGUCGGGGAGUACGAGACGUUGCUCGGAUGGGUGACCUCGGGAUUCGAGCUGUACGCCAUAUUUGGACCACUAACUACCAAGCCUGUAGCAAUCGCUUCUGUCAACCGUCUGCUGAAGUGGAUCAAGAAAGAGGAGGACCGCCUGUUUAUACUGAACUCGCCGACAUUCUAGAAUUGUGAUUCAUUGUACGAGUUACUUGUGCUCAAGUGAUUUUCAGAGAGAUCUAGCCAAAGGUACCUAGCUGGCCUCUUGUCACUAAACUGUUAUAGUGUGAUCACAAAUAGUAAUGUUACACAGCUCUGGGAAGCCAGUGUCAUAGUUGACCGGCUUUAGUUGACAUGUUGAAAGAGCAUUGGUUAGGCCCUAAGUAGAAUCUAGUGUUGUGUAACACCACUGUCUUUUGGUAAAUGUGAUCUGGUCACAGUGCUAGGUUCAACUAAGUGCCUUUGGCCAGAUGUAUAUGAAAAACACUUGAGCAACAAGGCAAGGUCCAUUUGUGAACGUGUUGACUGGGUCAAGCUGGAGAAUCAAUUUACCCACAUGCUGAGACUAUAGAAAAAUGUUAUCUUUUCAUGAAACAGUAUUGAAACAACAAAUAACUUGACGUUUCAUGACGACUCAAGUCAUAUCCUCUGAAGAAAGUUCCUUGGUUCUUCUAUCGACAGCUAGGGGUUUUUCAUGAAACAGUAUUGAAACAACAAAUACCUUGACGUUUCAUGACGACUCAAGACGUAUCCUCAGAAGAAAGUUCCUUGGUUCUUCUAUUGACGGCUAGGGGGUUGUUUUCAACAAAGCUUCGUCCUAAAGGUGAGGUGCAAUGUUAUUUGAAGCCCCUUCGUCUCUGUUCUUGUACUUUUUCCUAAUCCAGAUUGAUUCCACCCAGCGGAUAUUUCGAUUGGGUUCAAUGACCUUGCUGUCAUGCCAACUGAUUGCAUAGUUGGUUUGGGCGACAUGGCAAAAGUUGUCAAUAGCGAUAUCUUGAUUGCUAUCUUGGCCCAGCUCAAGCAUAGCAUUUCCACUUUGUAAGCAUGUUCAUGCAGGGACUCUGCCUUUAAGCUAUUAUGUAUAUUUGGGUGUUUUUGAAAUCCUUGUACUGGGGCUUUUCUGAGGAUUAUAGGACUGGGGCUCUUAUAAGGCUUUUGGAAAAUCUGUACACCCCGGAGAAGUCGUGACACUUAUCUAUCACGAUACAAUCGGGAAAUCCAUGUGCUCUCUGCGUUAUGUGCUAUCGAGACUUGUUUGAAAAGUCAAUGUCACUAGUUGCAAUAUUUUCGGGGAAAAUCAAGUUUAAAACCAGCUGCUCUAUGAAAGUAUGUAUGGUGGCUGAGUAUUUUUACAUUAUCAAUUUGAACUUGGAGUCUUUCGAUCGUUAUUUCGAUUAGUUAUAAGGUGACCCACUUGUUCUAGAAUUAGAAUUUACGUGGCCUUUUUGCUGUAAAGACAAAAUUAUUACGUUACCAAAACCAUAUGUUACGUUACCAAAACCAUAUGUCAGGUAGCUAAAUAUCUGAGUUCCGUACUAUGAUAUGAGCUGUUAAUUAAUUAACUUUGAAUUGAAGAAUUAAUGUCAGCAUUCCAAAUAACAUUUGUUAUCAAACAAUUCUUUGAGUAAACAUUGGCCAGUAUUAAUAUUUGUCACUAUGAGAAAACAUUUUCAUGAAAUGUUUUAAUUUUGCUUGGUAAGUGGAGUUUUCAGAUACAUUUUCUCUUUGAAACUUAUUCAUGCUUCUCUUGUAGUAAUAUCUAACUUUCUAUUUAUUCAUCAACAUCAUUUCUCACAAAUUUAUACAGAAUGGUGUAAAUUUAUGAUUUUGGUUCUGUCCGAAUAAUCAUGCAGGCCUAAGGCACCUAUUUCUGUGAAGUCUUGAAUAUAUAUAAUUUACCUGUACGGUAGAACCCCUCUUUUAAAGACACACUCGGAACUGACAAAUGCUGUCCUUAAUAGAGAGGUGUCCUGAUUAGAGAGGUCAAAUUGAAUGGAAACUACCAAUUUGGGACCAAAACUAGCAUCCUUAAUAGAGAGGUUGUCCUUGGUAAAGAGGUGUCACCUAAGGGAGGUUCCACUGUAUAUAGUUUAUAUGGUUAAUCCAAUUGGAAAGGAUUAGACUGUAUUCCUCCUCCAUAAGGCUGAUCGGCCAUCAACUGUUCUCUUGUGCAGUCUUUCCCUGCUCUGUGUCAGCUUGGGACCUUGUGACGCGCCAAACAGAAACUGGAACUUUGUUAGGCCUGUUCAAUGUUCCCCUUGGUUGUACGAGGAAAGAAACAGUCCACAGCCCACUAGUCCACAGAUUACGUAGCCUACGGCCAGAGUAAAUGGUAGUCACUCCCUCUGUCAAUGCCUGUUGGUCUGCUGUGACAUUGGGAUUCCUCAAGAUGCUAUUUUCUUGACUUGUGAUAUACAGGGUGGUCGAAAAAAACAUCGCCAUAAAAAGGACCUAUAAUUUUUUGUGUAAAAUGAGGUAGGCCUGUUGGUAAAAUCGGACAGCAUUCUCAGACUAAGUGUAACUAACUGUCUGAGUUUGAUUGGCCAACUUCAUGUUAGUUAAAAAUUAUAUGGUCUUUCUAUUGGUAGAUUAUUUGGACUCCCUGUACAUGUAUUCUAAUGUGUUUUCUUGUAUGUGUUUCAGUUAAAUUAGGAUGCACACUAUAGGUUUAUUAUAAACAAUACCCCUGUAUCUGGGGUUGUACAAACACUUAAUUCUUAAUACACAC